UUAUGAGCACACUAAAUAAUUGUAAUUUUUCACCAAAUUCGUUGACCUCUACAACACCUAAAAGAAGACCACCUUUGGCGUUGCUUAAAAGAGGAACAAGUAUAGCUCCCUCUCCGGAACUCAAUUCAGCAUCUUCUAGUAGGGAAAAUGCUUUCUCGUUUCAUCAAAAUCCAAGGACUAGUAUUCUUUUUGCAAAAAAUAAUAUUUCCGUUUAUUUUGGAGGAAGAGAACAACAAGGUUAUCUCACACUUCAACAAGACAUUAAUGGAAUUCUAACGCUUAAAUGGGCACCGAAUGCUUUACUUCAUUCUGACACAAACCAACACAACUCUUUUACAUCGAAAACUUGUUUUGAACUCAAUUCUUAUAGUCAUCAAACUCCUUUUUCAAUAAGAAUGGAAACGAUUACGCACAUUCAUUUGCAUCAAAAAAAAGAAUCAAUUUCCUUCUAUGUUGUUGUUUUGGUUGAUUCUGAUGGGGUUGAACAAAUAUCGUUCCGUUUUGGACACAAACGGCAAUGCCUAACUUUUUUGUUUGCGGUAGAAAAUGGGUUGGCGCCGCUUUUUCGUAUUCAGCCUCCAUUGGAGACUAUUAAAGGAAUUGAAGACGAGUCUUCAACAAAUAUCAAAAAUGCAACUGAAGAUAAAUCCAAUUGUAAAGAAACUAGUGUUGGCCUAAUUUUCAGUAUCGUUUCUUUUGCUUCUACAAUAGGUCCAGCAAUUGUUGUUCCGUCGUUUAAUUUAACUAAAGCACCUUUUAAAAUGACGAGUGAGCGAUCCACGAGUAGAGAAAAUUCAAAAGAUGAUGAUGGACAGGCUGUUAGAUCAUCUUUGGUUAACGCAACAAAAGCAAUGAAAACACAAAUUUUAAGCCGAGCAUUUAAUGGUUGGUUAUCCUAUUGUCGACAUAUGAGAAUAAUUUCAACUCGUUUGGCAAAUAUUGUAUAUGAAAUUGAAAAUUGUGGAAAUGAAGAAGAAAAUGGAAUUGAUGGAGAAUUAAUGCCUGUAACUGAAACAUUUUGGAAAUUAUGUAGAAUGGAAAAAUCGAUUCCUCUUUACAAACAAUUUUUGACUCGUGUCUAUUUUUGUGGAAUAGAAAAUGAUUUUCUUCGUGCUCAAUCUUGGCCUUAUUUAUUAAGAAUUGUUGAAUGGCAUGAAGAUUUGGAUAAAAAUAAAACUGAUUUUUUAAAGAAAGAAUAUGAAAAAGAUUCGAAUGAAUGGAUGGAAAUCGAAAAAAAUUUUCUUUCAAAUUCUUUACAAAAAAAUGAAUAUUCUCGUCAAAAUUCAGAAAUUAUAACAACAACAACAACAGAAUUUUCAAUUCAAAAAGAUUAUUUUCCUUCUUCAACACGUUCAGAAUCAACAAAUUCUGAUGUUUUUGAAGAUUUGGAUGUUGUUGAUUUUGAUGAAAAUGAAUUGACUAAUUCAGAAAAUUUAUUGGCUAAAGAAUUAAUGGCAAAUUUAAUUCGUGUUCAAAAGGACGUUGAUCGUUGUGAUAGAAUUACUCGUUUUUAUUCAAAAAUGGAAAAUUUAAUUAUUUUACGUAAAAUAAUGGUUACUUACAUUUAUCGACGUUUAAAAAUUGAUAUAAACGAUGGGUAUGUUCAAGGAAUGUGCGAUGUUCUGGCCCCUUUAUUAGCUUUAUUUGCUGAUGAAUCGCUAACUCUUGCUUGUUUUGAACGCUUAAUGUUGAGAAGAAUGGCUAAAAACUUUCCUCAAUGCAAACAUAAUAAUGAAAUGGAUGAAAAUUUGAAUCAUUUUGUAUAUUAAAAAAUUUUUUUCUUUGGUGUAGUGGGUUAAUAGUUGGGAAGGGAAGGGGUCAUGGGUUCGAAUCCCGGCGGG